ACGUUGUUCACCACGUUGCCACCAACCGGAAGUCAAGCAUGAGGACCUCUUCGCCCUCACUCAAGUGCAGCCUUGUUACCUCAGGGAGGCACCUGCUUUCGUUCAGUCACAAGGACAAGGACUGCAAACGGUGACAGCUGCCUCUCAGCAACACCCGCCUCCCUCCUUCCCUCCCUCACCCGAGUAUAAGCCAGGGGGGGCUUUUUCAGCAUUAAAAACAUGCUGAAAAGCCGGCUUAUACUUGAGUAAUUGUUUGUAGUUCCAUCGCUACCAUUAGAAACCUUCCUUCUAUAUCUGUCUUAACCAUGUGAGGGUGCCAGAGUUUGGGGAGAUAGAAUACCAGGCCCUUUCUUUUGGAAGUUCCCACGGAAGCCAAUUCUUCUCCCAGUCGUUUUUGUUUUCAGCCUUACAGAAUCAAGGGAUAACCUUUCAGGCCCGUGACGGUUCUUCCCAAAGGCAUCCAAGGAAGACCUUUUCUCUCCAUGGCCUCCAGUUUUCUUUGGAUUUCCCCUGGAUGGAGGAAAAAGAAGGAAAGGGGGAAGUGGGCAAAGGUGAAGGGAGUCGGCAGGAAGGAGGCUUUGUGGCUGGAGCGGUGCCUGUCUUUGCAUCUCAUCAUGGGCUCUACAGAGGGAAUGCAUGACUGCCUGAAUGGAACUUAGUUCAGCAUGGACUCAAUUUGUGAACGUGGUUGUGAAUUAGCCAGUUGGGAAGGCAGGUCCUUCUUAGUUUGGAAGAUUCAUUUGGGAAAUGUGGCCGGAGUAACCCUUUGAGAUGCCGAGGAAGCAGAGUGGGGAGUCCCUGUGGCAGGGGAGAUAAGGACACAAUCGAUAAAGAAAUCCUUGUUUCUUUCAGCAUUUAGCACAAUGCUGGUAAUUUACGGAAACCCAUGAUCCAGAAUAUGUUACACCCUUGAAUGCUGGGAGGAGUUCUGCCAGCCAGCCUGCCUUGUGUUCCUUUAACCACGUUUGGGUUGACCCAAUGAAAUGGGUGUGGCCCUCCAAUAUGGGAAAAGGGUCCAGUUCCCUCCUUCAGUGAUUCCUUCCUUCCAUCUUUCCUUUCUUCUUUCCUUUUUCACUUUGUUUACCUUGAGCCAGAGCUUCAUGUCUAACCUUUUGUGUCUUCUUUCUUGACCAGGACAUGAGAGUUCUCUGGAGCCACCCCUGCCGUGAUGGGAAACGAACCAGCUUCUAGUCGAUAUUAAGGCAUUUGGAAACCAAAGUGCAGUAAGGAAACCAGUCCUCUAGGAAAAAGGAUUCCUCUCAAGGGGCUGAUCCUGCUGAAUUCCUACAUUCACUUUGGAUUAUAGAGUAGAACCAUAGAGUCGGAAGAGACUGCAUGAGGCACCCAGUCCAGGCCUCUGCCGUGCAGGAAAAGCGCAAAGUACCCCUGACAGAUGUGCAUCUGGCCUCUGUUUAAAGGAUUCCAAAGGAGCCUCCACUACAUUUUGAGGCAGAGAGUGGAAUCUACUUUCCUGUAAUUUGAACCCACUGCUGUGAGUAAUCAGAAAGGGAAAAACAAGAAUCAAGUGUCAAUAUUGGAAUUAAAUGUACAUAGCACUGCUGACAUGGAGGAGAAAGCAUAUAAAUGUAUCGAAUGUGGAAAGAGCUUUAGUCAGCAUGGAAAGCUGAAGAGACAUCAAAGGACUCACACGGGGGAGAAACCCUAUAACUGCCUGGAGUGUGGACAGAGCUUUGCUGAUAGUACAGGACUACGUUCACAUCAAAGGACUCACACUGGGGAGAAACCCUAUAAAUGCCUGGAGUGUGGACAGAGCUUCACUCAUAGUUCAUAUCUACGUAAACAUCACAGGAUUCACAUUGGGGAAAAACCCUAUAAAUGCCUUGAGUGUGGACAGAGUUUUACUCGGAAGGGAAGCUUACAAACACAUCAAAGAACUCACACUGGUGAGAAACCCUAUAAAUGCCUGGAGUGUGGACAGAGCUUCACUCAUACUUCAGGCCUACGUUCACAUCAAAGGACUCACACUGAGGAGAAACCCUAUAAAUGCCUGGAGUGUGAACAGAGCUUCACUCAGAGUUCAGCUCUACGUAGACAUCAAAGGACUCACACUGGGGAGAAACCCUAUAAAUGCCUAGAGUGUGAACAGAGCUUCACUCGGAGUUCAGCUCUACGUAUACAUCAAUGGACUCACACUGGGGAGAAACCCUUUAAAUGCCUGGAGUGUGAACAGAGCUUCACUCGGAGUUCAGAUCUACAUUCACAUCAAAGGACUCACACUGGGGAGAAACCCUUUAAAUGCCUGGAGUGUGGACAGAGCUUCUCUCAGAGUUCAGGCCUACGUUCACAUCAAAGGACUCACACUGGGGAGAAACCCUAUAAAUGCCUAGAGUGUGAACAGAGCUUCACUCAUAGUUCAGGCCUACGUAGACAUCAAAGGACUCACACUGGGGAGAAACCCUUUAAAUGCCUGGAGUGUGAACAGAGCUUCACUCGGAGUUCAGAUCUACAUUCACAUCAAAGGACUCACACUGGGGAGAAACCCUUUAAAUGCCUGGAGUGUGAACAGAGCUUCACUCGGAGUUCAGGCCUACGUUCACAUCAAAGGACUCACACUGGGGAGAAACCCUAUAAAUGCCUGGAGUGUGAACAGAGCUUCACUGAUUGUUCAGGCUUACGUAGACAUCAAAGGAUUCACACUGGGGAGAAACCCUAUACAUGCCUGGAGUGUGGACAGAGCUUCACUCUUAGUUCAGGCCUACGUUCACAUCAAAGGAUUCACACUGGGGAGAAACCCUAUAACUGCCUGGAGUGUGGACAGAGCUUUACUCAGAAGGGAAACUUACAUUCACAUCAAAGGACUCACACUGGGGAGAAACAAUAUAAAUGCUUGGAGUGUGGACAGAGCUUCACUCAUAGUUCAGCUCUACGUAGACAUCAAAGGACUCACACUGGGGAGAAGCCCUAUAAAUGCCUGGAGUGUGGACAGAGCUUCUCUCAGAGUUCAGGCCUACGUUCACAUCAAAGGACUCACACUGGGGAGAAACCCUAUACAUGCCUUGAGUGUGGACAGAGCUUCACUCAUAGUUCAAAUCUACACUCACAUCGAAGGACUCACACUGGGGAGAAACCAUAGAAAUGCAUGGAGUGUGGACAGAGCUUAUCACGGAAUAAGGUAAUACAGUAGAGUCUCACUAAUCCAAGAUAAACGGGCCGGCAGAAGCUUGGAUAAGCGAAUAUCUUGGAUAAUAAGGAGGGAUUAAGGAAAAGCCCAUUAAACAUCAAAUUAGGUUAGGAUUUUACAAAUUAAGCACCAAAACAUUAUGUUAUACAACAAGUUUGACAGGAAAAGUAGUUCAGUACAUAGUAAUGUUAUGUUGUAAUUACUGUAUUUACGAAUUUAGCACCAAAAUAUCACGAUAUAUUGAAAACAUUGACAACAAAAGUGGCUUGGAUUAUCCAGAGGCUUGGAUAAGCGAGGCUUGGAUAAGUGAGACUCUACUGUACAUCAUAGAAUCAUAAGAAUUUGCUCAGAGUGGAACUUUACAUUCCCAUCAAAGGAUUCACACUGGGGAGAAACCGUAGAAAUGCAUGGAGUGUGGACAGAGCUUUUCUUGGAAUAAGGUUAUACAUGGACAUCAUAGAAUUCAACCUGGAGAGAAUGGUGUUAAUUGACACAAGAGUGUCAUUCUAACAUGUACAAAAGCAACUCUUGCACAUUUUGGAAAUUCAAGCUCAAAGUUGGAACAUUUCAUCACAUGUGGUGUAUUGUAGGAAGAUUGAACUAAAAUAUGUUCCAUUCUGGAAGUAAACAAGGUUACGUGAAACUAGAGUUUUAUAUGCUGAGAAUGUUGGAUGAUCAAUUAGAAUGAAAGCAUGGGUAGUUACUGCGAGAUACUAAAGUGAGAAUUGACAGGGAUGGAAGGAAUGUUUUAUUCCAAAGCAAAAACAAUGGCUUAUGAAGACCUGCAAAUUAGCCACAACGAACAAACUGACAAUAACAUGGGCAAAUGUCAGUUGUAAUAGGUAUUAAUUGGAAGUGUGUUAUCACAAAUAGAAGUGUUGUUAUAUUAUAUUAUCGAAAGGGAGUAGAAUAAUGAGAGAUAAAAAUUAACAGAUAGAAUGAGGCUUUUAGGUACGUAUCCCUGUCUGUCUGUUAGUUCAGUUGUGUGUCUAUGUAGGUCACUGUUUUGCUAGUGUGUUAGUUUCUGAUUUAGUUUUGUAUCUCAUGUAGUAGUUAGUUUCAUGUUCAGUUGAAGCAUUAUAAAUUAUUUCUGCCUUCCUUGUAUUGUUACUUUUAAUUUUUUAUUUUUUAUUUUCAAAAAAUAGGGUGAUUUAUAAGGGUCAAAAUGGCUGAAACUGGAGGGGUGGGUCGAAAUGACUGACUUAUCGAUUUUCUGUAUUUGAAAACAAAUUGUAAUGCUUAGAACCGCUAUUAUGAAUUGUGAUGCAUGUUAACUAUAUAACUAUAUACAAUUGAUUAUAGACUUAUAAUUGACACUGAAUCAGACAUGGAUACAAUAAAUUAGUCUUGAUGUAUCAAGGGUGUGUGUGUGUGUGUGUGUGUGUGUGUAAGGAACUGGAGUGUUUGUGUGGGUGCUUGUGAAGAACAGAAGAAACAGGCCUCAAAAGAAAAUGGAGUCCACGCAAAGUCUGACAUGGGAUGGACUUGGCGGGUGAAGCAAGGAAUCAGCAAGGCGUCUCUCACCUGGCAAGACGGAACGAGGGUCCAGGAAGGCCUAUCCGAAUAACCACGGGCAAUGAAGUGUGCAGCUGGCACCCCAUACGUCAUGCAGCCUGAGACUGAGCAUGUUUUGAAACCAGGCCGUAAGAACAGAAGGAACCGAAAGAAGGACGAAACUUUAGGCCAGGGGUCCUCAAACUUUUGAAGUGGGGGGCCCGUUCACGGUCCUUCAGACUAUUGGAGGGGGGGGGGGCUGGACUAUGAUGAAAUAGUCCAAAAUUAGGAUUGUUGUUGUUGUGUGCCUUCAAGUCAUUUCAGACUUAGGACAACCCCAAGUCUAAAGUUCAGGACAGGGACCAGGUCAAUGACCUUGGGGGCCGCAUCUGGCCCACGGGCCUUCGUUUGGGGACCCCUGCUUUAGACUAUCAAAUGCAGGGGCCUCAAAGAUCCAGCACGCUUUCCGGAACCACCGAGACCACGUCUGUCGGGAGAACGUGAUCGCCUCUUCCGAGCAGGGCCUGUGCGUGAGAAUAUGGAUGUAUGGAUCUGCGUGUGGGUGAGAGCUCUCUCGGGAUGUGAUUUUGAUAGGAUUGUGAUGUGAUUAUCAAUAAAUGUUACAAUGAAAGUGUUAAAACCAAA